AUGAAUUUUUUAGCGACAGGAGAUUCCUAUCAAACUAUUGCUUUUAGUUUUCGAUUGGGGCAUUCAACAGUUCAUUCAAUUGUAGUAGAAGUGUGUACAGCCAUUAUAAAACAAUUAUUAAAAGAAUACAUACCAGAACCAAAAAAAGAAAAUUGGGAGCAGAUAUCUAAUGAUUUCUGGGAAAUUUGGAACUUCCCAAACUGUAUAGGAGCGUUAGAUGGUAAACACGUUGUUAUAGAAGCACCUCCAAAUAGCGGAUCUAUGUAUUAUAAUUAUAAAAAAACAUUUUCCAUAGUUUUAAUGGCAUUAGUUGAUGCACACUAUAAAUUUAUUGCAGUUGAUAUCGGGGCUUACGGAAGAAAUAGUGACGGUGGUAUUUUUUCAAAUUCUAAUUUCGGAAAAGCACUUGAACGAAACAAAUAAAAUAUACCUGAUGGAAAACCACUUCCGGGAACUAGUGAAAAAACCCCGUUUACAAUAAUUGGUGACGAAGCAUUUCCCCUAAAAACAUAUUUAUUGAGACCAUACCCGGGUCCUCAAAUGUAUGCUGAUAAUACUAAAAGAAAAUUUAAUGAC